CAGGGGGGGACUGACAACUCAUGGGGCCCCCGGGCAAUAGGGAUCAUGGUGCCCCUGUGUCCUUGCCCAAACUCAAAAAAGCCUAUGAAAAAGGUACCAGGGGCAUCUCAUGGGGCCCCCUACUGACCCCGGGCCCUCGGGCAGUGCCCGAGUUCCCAAAUGGUCAGUCCGCCCCUGAAUAUAUCUCUACUGAAUACUGUGUACAGUAGUUGUUGCACAAAAAUACAUGAAUAUUGGAUCCCAGCAAUACAUUUUAAAAUUUCAGUGCUUUUUUAACAAGUUUGUUUUUGCAAAAUUACUUUCGACUGGUUU